UGCAGACAGUUGGUGACUUCUGCACACUGUGCGCUUCAGCAUGCGCUGACCCCGCUCUGUCAUUUUAUGUGGCCUACCACUUUGUGACUCAGUUGCUGUUGUUCCCAGUUGCUUCCACUUUGUUAUAAUACCACUAACAGUUGACUGGGAAAUGUUUAGUAGUAAGGAAAUUUCAUGGAUGGACUUAUUGCACAGGUGGCAUACUAUCACGUUUGGACUGCCUGUGCAACCUCUGUAGGGUCCAGGUAUCGCCUCAUGCUACCAGCAGUGACACUGACCCUAGUCAAAUCCGUGCCGCCCUGCCACCGUAUUUAUACAGUGGCUGGACGGCAUGUGGUUAAAGUUCAUGUGCGUGUAAAGGCUGGCGUCCCAAUACUUUUGGCAAUAUAGUGUAUAAUAGCCUGAUUCAUCA